AUGACAUUCGUGGAGAUGAGGCAGAAGAAGCCCUUCCUCGUCCUUGCGAUCCUGAUGGUUGGCUACCGCCAAGACCCAGCACGACAAACAACCAUUGCACACAAGCUGCGAGAGAUGGUGAGCCACAGCAUGCUUGUUCAAGGCAAGAAAAGCCUUGACAUGCUCCAGGCUCUCCUCGUAUAUCUCAGUUGGUAUCACGUUCCUGUCCAUCAGAGCUCACAGGUGGGCAAUAUCGGUCACCUCAUUAUGGCAUUGUUGUCAGAUCUUCGGUUAAACAAUGGAGCUGUCGUGCAGACUCUCAAACCCUCUUUUGGUCGUUUAGAGCCUUUCGGCAACGAUGGCUCUGACGCCUCUGCCAUGCGGCCAACGAGCAGAGCUGCUCAAAGCUCGUCGAUCACAAGGACUCUGGAAGAACGUAGGACAUUUCUCGGUUGCUUCUUCCUUAUCUCUACGGUCUCCAUGUGGACUCGAGAGCUCUAUCCGGUGCAGUACUCGAGAUACGUGGACGAAUGUUGUCGCGUCGUAUCUGAAGCUGCGGAAUAUCCUACAGAUCUCUCUGUCGUACACCUGGCGCGCCUCCAUGGCCUGGCUGACAGAAUUUCGCGUUCUUUGACUCCAGAGAAUUGGCAUACCAUCCCUGCAUGCACCUCAUUUCCUCUCGGGGCUGGUGUCAAGCUACUAGAGUCGGAGCUGCUACAGCUUAGAGCUUCCUUAUCCGAAGGAGGCCAGAAUGCUGUUCUUCUCCUGCAUUAUCAUGCCAUUGAAAUCCUGUUGUACGAGACAGCACUCAAUGACGGUAUCGGCCUCUCAAGGUACGGGGCAUACCCGUUUUCUCGCCUUAGCAUGCUUUACGCGUGCUUGAAUUCCACCAAGCUAUGCUUCGAGACAGCCUACACCAUCCCAGCCUUUGACUGGUUCGACCUCCCUUACGCUGUCUGGGCUUUACUGGGCCACGCAAUAGUGGUUCUGUCGAGGCUGUCGCUUUCCAAGGCAGACGGAUGGGACCAGGAAUACGUUCGAAAGACGAUCGACUUCUCCGCAACGAUGGACAAAUUGAUGCGGCAUCUGGAUGCUGCCAAGGAGUUAGCCGAAAACCAAUCGUGGUACCAGCUAUCGCGAGUUGUUCCACAGCUAUAUCUGACGUUUAUGGAGAAACUGAGGCGGAUAAAGGCUGCCCACGAAGCCAAGUACAGGGCACAACAAGCCAGUAUCCCCGGAGUCACGACGAUUCCAAGUCCCGCACAAACCAUCAUGAUGCUUACAGACGACGAAAUCGGCAUGCAACGUACCCCAUUUUUCUGCGAUUUUCUAAAUGAUGAUUUCUGGGAGCAAUUCACUUGA